ACACGGAGGAAUUAGCGGCUUUGGAGACACUUGAUAAUGGACAAACCCUUUCUACUGCUAAAUUUAUUGACGUUAUCGAGACGGACCCCAGUCAAUUUGCUUAUACUCGCCACGAACCAAUUGGUGUUUGUGCCGCAAUAAUUCCAUGGAAUUUCCCUAUAUU